AUGUUGAAGGCUGAGAAAAAAUUAAUAAAUAAAUAUAUUGCUGAGAGGUAUAGUUUGCUAACGUGCGCGGUGGUGCGCACAAAACCCUCCUUAUCUAUCUAUCCCACUCUCACCUGGCACAUUGUUCCACACCAGAGCUCAAGCCCAAUGGCGUCCUCUUCUCUCACCUCCACGCUCACCCACUCAAAUUCCCCAUUGUGCCCCUACCCCCUUCCCCAAUUCCCAUCUCGACCCACCACUCCUUUCGCUUCCAAACCGAAACCUUUGAUUCACGGAACCAGAAGAAGCGACCUCGGACUGUGUGUCAAGGCUCAAACCUUGGACUUCUCGGGCUCAUUCUUCGAGGGCGGGUUCGGGUCGGAGGACGACCCGCCGUACCCUCCCGUGCCGGGCGCGACGGCCGUGGAGGAAAAGGAGGCGCCCGAGUGCCCGCCGGGGCUUCGACAGUACGAGACCAUGGCGGUUCUCAGACCCGACAUGUCCGAGGAUGAACGACUCACUCUUACCCAGAAGUACGAGGAGUUGCUUGUUGCUGGGGGUGGCAUGUAUGUGGAGGUAUUCAACAGAGGGGUCAUUCCGUUGGCCUAUGGCAUCCAGAAGAAAAACAAAGCUGGGGAAUCUAACACAUACUUGGAUGGUAUCUAUCUUCUCUUCACCUACUUCACAAAACCCGAGUCCAUUGCGAUUCUUGAGCAGACGCUCAAUACAGACGACGAUGUUAUCCGAUCAAUGAGUUUCAAAAUAAGGAAGAGGAAGUAUUAGUUUAUUUUGAAUCGAUUGUUUUGGCUUUGAGAGGAAGACCAUUAGGAAACAAAAGCUUGUAUGCAGGGUGUAAUCUCAUAUGCUAUGAAUCUUACUUUCUGUCCCUACUUAUUGGGAUUUUUCAUUUUUGUAAUAUAGUUGGAUUGAUGGCAAUAGAAAAUCGAUGCAGUUGCUAGAA